AUGGCCGAACACACCAUCAAAGACCGCUACGAAAUCCACAAGUUGCAACCAAAACACCUCCCCUGGGCCAAAGCAAUCAUAACCCACAGCAACGUCUUCCACUCCCCCGUCUGGCCAGCCAUAUACCCAGAAAACAAAGCCCAGCGCGCAUACGCCGUCUUCUCAGCAUGCCAUUCCAUGAUGCUCCACCAGAUCGACUCCGGGUUAUCGUACGGCGUGUUUGAUACACAGUACAAAUUCAAACGCGCCGAAUCUGCGGCAGCAGCAGCAGGAGGAGGAGAGGGGGCGCUGUACUGGGAUGCCUCAGCCAACCCGGAUGCGACGGCGGAAGAAUUGUUGGCGCAGAUGGAUUUCCCGCUUGUCUCGAUUGCGAUGGCGCUGGAUCAAUUUAAUCCGCUGGAUGAGUUGCAGAUAGGGCCCUUGAUUGAGUCGCUGCCGUUUUAUGCGGAUCUCUAUCAUGAGUUUGAGAAACUUGAUACGAGGGAGGCGUCGAGCUGGAAGGCGACUGCGCUCGGACAAGUGAUGCUGCGAAACGGGACUUCUACACGAGCUGACUACGAACGUGCCGGGGUAAUGAAGGAGUUGGCUUAUUUCUUGAUGCGGAGGGCAGCAGAGCAACGGUUUAGGGGGGUUAGUAUCGAGUGUCUCCACGAUGCGGUUUGUCAUGUUUGGACGAAUCCGCCUGAGCCUUUUAAGGCGACGUUGAUUGCGCAGUUUAAUGUUAAUCAAUACCAAAAAGAGGGCGAGGAUGGGAAGUUGUACUCGGAUGUAAAUCAAUUGGCAAGUAGGGUUUUUGUGGAGUUGAAAUAG